AUCGCUAUGCAAAUUUAACGACGGACGUUACAAAUGACCCAGACAUGGUCCCAGCGUUCAAGUGCACUCUCCAUCUUCCAAACACCAUGUUUGUUUUUGCAGUCAUCAUUUAUCUUGCUAUAGAUGUGUCCAGGGCGACCCUUUUACCAAGUAACUCCAGCAAAUACCAUCUCGAAGCCACGAACAGCAGAAAUUGCAUCAAUAUAUAUCUCGCCGCGUGUGACCCAUCAGACUCAUGCACGGUGGAGUUUACCCAAAUGAAACAGAAAACAGACGGGUCAAAUGAUAUCCUCAAAGAAGAUGCUAUAAAACCCGUUACGACUGCAGACAACAGCUCCUAUGUGUUUUGUAUCUACGACCCCGUAGUCUCUAUCAAUGCUUCCUGCUGCAAAUACCCUGUCUCGGGGAGAAAUGGAUCGCUAUCUUUGAAAUACGGCUUUAUUAGUUUUAUGAGCAAGACUUGCGUGACAGGAAGUGGGAAUUGCGUGAUACGGGACUCACGCAAGUAUGUCCUUCCUCUAUCUCAUGACGUGUGCCUUUCUCUCACGCCUUGUCGGAACGGUGGAACGUGCCACGCUACUGGUGGGUUCCUCUACACGUGCGCCUGUCCUGGUGGACUUAAGGGAGAAAGGUGCGAUGAGCCCGUUGGCUAUGAGAAGAUUGGCUAUAUAUGUCUGGCAACAAACGAAAGCUUGGCAAAUGUAAAGAACAAGACUGUUUCUGAGUGUGCUUCACUGUGUGAUAAUACAAAAAGUUGCAGUUCGUUCGAAUUCGCGACCCCGUCCUCGCCCGACGAUCGGGGCAAAUGUGUUCUCAGGUCGUACGAUCAAUCUGCCGUGACCAAGCUGAAUUGUGGGUCUGCGUACUUCCAGAAGGAGCAUGAAAGACCCAAAUCUGCCGUCACCAUGACAACGGUCCCAAAAAUGAUACUAGUGUUAUCCAUUACAGUCCUCCGACCCAUAUUGUAGUGAUAGAUUGCUUUUAUUCACAGGAAUCGCGAGAGGUUUGGGAUUAGGCUUGAUAACCUGUUCCAUACACACAUUUAAAGAUUAUCUCUCGGCCGCCAUUUUGCCAUCCUGGCAAAAUGCUAAGUGUAAGAAAGAAUCUAUUUUUAUCGGUUUAUCUGAAUUAGCUAAUGCGAUAAAGUAGAAAACUUUCUAGAUGUAUAUUUUGAUGUUUCUUCACAUACUUGUUUCUUGCAAUAUUUGACAAAGGUAUGUAUGACUUUGGCUCCUUGGAGAGCUUUUCAGGGACCGCGGAGAGGAAAAGGCUGGUAGUGCUAUAGUUCUACCACUUUUUGGCUUGCCGGGUUGAGUUUUUUCAGUAACACAGAUUUUUUAGGGCUCCAGAUAUAUGCUUGUUUGUCUUGGCCAGAUUUUUAGCCCUACCAUUUUAAAAUGGUCUCCGCUGUCCCUGUUUUCGAGUAAUAAUAAUGGUAAUAUUUGUAAAUACAACAUUAACAACAACAGCAGCAGCAGCAACAACAUCAAUAAUAAUAAUGAUAAUAAUUAAUUUGUAUAGCGCCAUUUCCUGAAGUUCAAUGGCGCAUUACAGCUCUUUAACUAAAAAAAGUUAACAUAAAGAAAAAUGAUAAUAAUUUGCAAUUUUGAUUUGAAAAUAAUAAAAAAGGCAAGACAUAAAUAUGCUCACAAGCUAAAAUAGAUAAAUAUAUGUGUUGCAUGAUAAAAAAUUUCAUAAAAAAGUUUAAAAUUUAUCAUAACAAAUAUGAAAAAAAGUUAAAAAGUUUAAGUUAAUUGUAAAAAUGUCUAAGAAUAAAUCGUAACAUUUUUCUAAUUUUCUUUUUUCAGUUGUUCUAAAUACUCUUGAACUCAUUCCCCUACUUUUCGGGGCGAAAGACACCAUAUAUAUUGAAUUGGUCUAACUAAAAAAGCUACAGACAAACUGUGUAGAAUAAUAAAAUGGUCUGCUGAAGCUGGGAAGUGAAAUAGUAUAUUUACGCCGCUAUGAAGACACUGGCGCCGCGGUUUGGUGUGUUAGCCUUAGCUGAUUUAUUUCCCUGAGAAUUAAAUACCCCAGUGUAAAGAGUGAAUGACUUCAACUCAAACUAAAAUAUUUAAAUAACCCUAUUUCAAACACGGUUGCACACUUUAUACAUCAAUUUCUCUAUCCUAUGGUCUCUGUAAGCCCUGAGACUGGUUACAGGUAUAUAAAGCAAGAAAAUGCUUUACCUUUCCAAACCUGGAUUUGUUUUUUAUUUACGCUUAUUUGCUUAUCUAGUUGAUAUACUCUUUUUUUAUGAAACCUCCAGCCUAAGAUUUCACCAAAUUUUAAGAAGAUGCUAAGAACAUGCCGAGGCUCAGAUAGCAGAAUUUUUUUUUCUUUUUUAGUCCUGAUGCGUUCUAAAAUGCAGAAUCAAAAAGUGCUCCUAGUAACAACCUUUUUAUUGCUAUUGAUUAUUACUGUAAUUAUCUUCCUAAUAACUCAUUGGGUAUUAUAAUUUUAUAUACACUAGAAUUUAAGAACAUCGUUAAGAUACUAUUCGGCUAAAAUAUCCCAAAAGUAAGAACGGCCCAGCCUGGCUCAACGUACCCAUGAAGCAUUGCGGGCUAUGAAACAUGGCUUUUCCAAGGGCAACCUUAUUUGAAAUAGGUGUAUACGCGUAUGUACUACUGUGCGUCUUUGCUCUUUACACUCCUCUUUUUUUAUAAGAACGUCCAGCCUGACAUUCCGCCAAGAACAUGCUAAGAACAUGCUGAACAUGCUAAACUAAUAAAAUUAUUUAUACAAAUUUCAAACUAAAAAAGAAGCUACAAGUAUUAAUCACUGAUAAAUAAAGUUCUGCAUGAAAGGA